GAACAUGCACAGCCAUCGCCUCCUUUGUGUCCUGGCUUCGCAUCUCACAGCCUCAGCGCAGUCGAACUGCGUACUUUUUAUAUCGGCCGUCACGGAACGCAUAUAAGGGCUAUUGAAUCUCCUCAGACUGAUAUUUUUGACUAUGACCAGAGAUACGCCUCCUCCUCCACAAGCCUUCCUGCUAGUGACCAUUCCUGAUUGCCGCCUCGUUAGUUCGACAAGUAGUCCCCCAGACACGCAAGGGACACUCGGAAUAGUAUGCGUGACCUUGGAUAUCGACUCGUUUUCAGGAUGGUCCCAAGGAUCCAAUGAGGAUGCCCGUGAUGUCUGGUUACUUCUGCGAAUCGGUUCGAUCGAGAUCCCGAUAUCGCCUACCGAAACGAUCUUAUAUUCUCGAAUGAGUCGAACCUAUACUUUUGUCGCGGCCGCUUUGGAAGGGUCGCCCCGCAUUACCGUGGCUUUUCCACCACCCUCAUCACCAGCAGAGGGAGAAGAUAUCGAGACAUUCAAUAUAGUGCUGUCGCAGUAUGGGAUCGUGCAACAGAUUGAUCCUGAUCCCUAUGAGCCCGACGGAGAUCUAAAGGGCCGCUUGGUUCUGGUGGAUCAGAAUGAUGGUGGUUACGUCGGAACAUUAAGGGAGAAUAUUCAAGUCCAAGAGCACCCCAAUUUGGAAACGAGCGGGAAAAACCCUGUGGUCGCAGAGUAUGAUGAAAACGCGCAAACCCUCUACGUUCAUUCCGUGACUCCGCAGGAACAAGAUUGGCUUUUGCGCUCUGCGGAUUAUUUAAGUCGAGGAAUCGUCCUCCUUGGCGACGCUAUCGCAAGUGGUCUCAACUACGCAUCCACUCAGUUUGUGAAUCGAACUGCUCCGACGCAAUCCCCCAUCACCUUCUCCGAUAGGGCGAAGCGGAAUGUCAAUCGCGUUCAUAUGCUUAGUGGCCAUGCCGUUCAAGCCUCAUCGAAGACCGUCAAUCUUAUUCACGGCGCAAUCGACAGGCUAGCGAUCAGGUGGGGCAGGAGGUCGCCGUCUCCUUCACCAGGACCACCUGGGGGUCCGAAUCAAAGUUCUCGCCCCGCGAGGAAGCCCGGGUUGAAAAAUAGGGUGCUCGCCUCAACGGACAUGAUCCUGACAGCCGCUGAGCAGUCUGUAUCGACCGUUCUUAAAUCUGGCACUACUUCACUGUCUGCUGGUGUCGGCCACAUGUAUGGCCCAGACGCAGGGAAAGCAGUGGAACAAAUAGGGGAAACGGCACAGAAUGUCUCGCUCGUUUAUGUCGAUGCUCGUGGUGUUGGCCGUCGUGCUCUGCUCAAGAGAAUGGGUAAGGGCGUUCUGAAGGCCCAAUUUGGGCGGGACAAAACUGUCGUAUUCGGUGAUACGCUUGUUGAGCCACCUGCACUCCCUCCUACGUCCCCUUUGCGUUCUGCGUAUCGUUCCGGGUACCUAUCACCAUCGUCAAGUUCUACAGCACCUACUUUUCCUUCACUUCCACCGCGGUAACUUGAAUGCGUGUGAUAUCCCUACUUGUGUUUGUAUUUUUGGGUCUCGAUGGACUGUGUACUUGUUUUGUGUACUUAUCUUGCUUGUAAUGUGAUUUGUUUUC